AUGGAUGCCAUUGCAGAUAGGGCCUUCCAAGAGAAGCAGCAUAAUGUGUCUCAAGAUGAAACUCCUUCGUUGCUAGCAGUUGUUAUUGAUACCAAUCCACUUGAAUGGACAAAGCUAAAAGGUGUGAUCUGUUUGAAAGAGCUUUGCAAAUCAGUUUUGGUUCUUUUAAAUGCACAUCUCUCUUUGAACAGUGGAAAUAGGGUGGCAGUUCUCACAUCUUCUUCCCUCAACUCGGGACCAAAAUUCCUGUAUCCAGAUCCAAACGAUAAGACUUACGAAAAAAGAGAGUCUUUACUAUCCUCUGACAUACAUCGGCAAUUCAAAUUUGUUGACCAGAAAAUAAUACAAGAACUACAGAUACUACUUGAUAACGAGCCUUUAAAUCCAGAAAACCAGGAACUCAAAGGAAGCAUAGCAGGUGCUAUGUCUAUGGCAUUAAGCUACAUAAAUAGACUUACCAACAUCGAACCAGAGUCGACAGGAAACACACUAAGAGCUAAGAUGCUGGUUAUAAGUAUAAGUGACGACUCCACCCAACAAUAUGUGCCUUUCAUGAACUGCAUUUUUUCUGCUCAAAAGAUGAAAGUUUCCAUUGACGUCUGUAAGAUGGGACCCGAUUCCAGUUUUCUCCAACAGGCAUCCGAUGUCACUAAUGGCGUUUAUAUGCUCAUCAAAAAUGUUCAUGGGCUCAUACAGUACCUAACCACUGCACUUUUCAUUGACCCCUCUCUGAGACCAAUAAUGGUCCUUCCUACCAAUUCAGAUCUCGAUUUUAGAGCGUCAUGUUUUGUGACUAAUAAAGUGAUAGAUAUUGGGUAUGUGUGCAGUGUGUGCUUGUGUAUUUUCAGCAUCAUUCCCCGAAAUAAUGUCUGCCCAACUUGCCAAUCAAAGUUCGAUGACGCAGUAGUGAAAAAGCUACGCCAAAAACCUAUCGUUAUUCCAUUACAGAAAAAGAAAAAGCUGGAAGACGGAGUGCAAAGGACGUGA